UCCAAAACCUUCUCAGCCUUCAUCCUCUUCAAUGGGGUCCUCUGCUCUCUUCCGCCACGCAGACUCCUUGAAACGGCUCAUCCAUGCCGGACUUCGAAUAUGCGAAGCUGAGGCCUCGUUUCCUUCUCUCCUGAUCAGGCCUUACUGCAGCGGGCAAACCAAGAACCGCCGCCUGACGCUGGCGUCGGUGAUCUACCCUCUUGGCCACCCAAGCAACAACAUGGCCACCGAGCUUGAUCGAUGGGUCAAUAAUGGGAACCGAACUAGGCCAGUGGAGCUCCGAGAGCUCGUCCGUGACCUACGAAAGCGCCGGAGGUUCAGUAAUGCUCUCGAGGUUUCCGAGUGGAUGAAAGACAAAGGUCAUGUACCAUUUACACCAGGAGACCAUGCUGUGGUAUUGGAUUUGAUUGGGAGGGUCCGGGGAUUAGCCUCUGCAGAGAGUUACUUCAAUGGCAUGCAUGAGAGGGACAAGACGGAGAAGACAUACGGUGCACUUCUGAACUGUUAUGUGAGAGAGUGUUUAGUUGAGAAAUCUUUGUCCCAUUUGCAAAAGAUGAAAGAAAUGGGACUGGCUACCUCGGCUCUCACUUACAAUGAUAUCAUGUGUCUCUAUACAAACACUGGUCAGCAUGAAAAGGUUCCUUCGGUGCUGGCUGAAAUGAAGGAAAAUGGUGUCCUGCCUGAUAAUUUCAGCUAUAGAAUCUGCAUCAAUUCUUAUGGUACUAGAUCUGAUAUUAAUGGCAUGGAGAAGCUGUUUGAGGAAAUGGAGCAUCAGCCUCAAAUUGUUGUUGACUGGAAUACAUACUCAGUUGUAGCAAAUAUUUACAUAAAAGCAGGUCUCCGUGAGAAGGCCAUUGCUAUCUUGAAAAAAUACGAAGAGAGGCUGGAGAAACGGAAUGGGCUAUGCUACAACCAUCUGGUCUCUCUUUAUGGCAAUCUUGAAAUGAAAUCAGACAUAAAGAGGAUAUGGGAAAUUCAGAAAUUGAAUGGUGUUAAGCUUAUCAACAGGGAUUAUACAACAAUGAUUGGGACAAUGGUGAAGCUUGGGGACCUACUGGAAGCCGAAAUUUUGUUGAAAGAGUGGGAGACAUCCGGAAAUGCAUGUGAUUUUCGAGUCCCUAAUGUUCUCCUCAUAGGAUACCGCAACAAAGGGUUGAUAGAGAAAGCUGAAGAACUUCUUGAUGACUUUCUGAAGAAAGGCAAGCAACCACCUGCAAGUAGUUGGGGAAUUGUUGCAGCAGGAUAUGCAACCAAUGGGGAGACGAGCAAGGCAUAUGAAUGCAUGAAAAAUGCUCUUUGUAUGUAUGCUCCAAAUGCUGGGUGGGAGCCGAAGGACCAUGUGAUUGAUGACAUACUGCAUUGGCUCGGGUAUGAAGGUGCUCCUGAUGAUGUUGAAACGUUUGUUAAUCUAUUGAAAAUUGCAUGUCCGAUGAACAGGACUAUGUAUCAUACACUGAUCAGGACAAAUGUUAGAUGUGGGAAACCGGUAAAAGAGAUUCUGAAGAAUAUGAAAGCCGAUGGAAUUGACGAGAAUGAAGAGACGAAGGAGAUCUUAAGCUCAAAAUCUAACCCUGUCACACUCGCAAUUUAACUAAGGCUUAUUUGAUGGAUCUUCUGCAAAACAUGCAACAAAUGGCUCCUGUAAAUCUAUGGUUUUCUGAUGACAAGUGUGGUUUCUGAAAAACUUAUAAUUCAUUUGCAGGAACUUUAAUUUGUGCUGAUUAUGCUAUCAUCCUUGUACAAGAAGUCUGUUUACAACUUUACUAGGAUGCUGUAAGAUUUUAAGAUGAGGAAAAUGUGUUAUUACAACUGCUUUAGCUUGAUCAAACUGUUUUGCUUUGAUUUUAUCUUAAUAA